AAGAAGUAAGGUUGACAUUACGAGUUUUGAGUAGUAUGAAUUUGUUGUGAUUGUUAAGAAGACUGAUACCUGUGAAAUAUUUCGAAAUGGAGGCUGUGCCACGCCUACCGAUGAUGAGUUUUGACCUAAAAUCAAGCCCAGAACCUACUUCAUUUGGUCCUAAACUGAAACAGUACAUCAGAGAUUUCUAUCGUGAAGAUCCAGAAUCAUACUCUGGUGAAAUACACGCAUUGGAAGGGCUAAGAGCUGCAGCUGUGUGUGCUGUCAAGGAUGUCUCUGGUGUUUCAACACUAAAACGAUAUUACUGUCAACUUCAUUUCUUGCAAAGUAGAUUCCCUAUGUCCAAAGAUGGUGCAGCAGCAGUCUCUUUCACAUGGAGAGAUACAUAUGCAAGUAUGGUUUGCACUUCAACUGAUAUUCGAUUUGAAAUGGUGUGCAUCCUCUACAAUAUAGGAGCAUUGCACACACAGUUAGGCGCCUUGGAUACCAGAGUAUCAGCUGAGGGUAUGAAAAUGUCAUGUACCCAUUUUCAGUGUGCAGCUUGGGCAUUUGAGCAUUUAAAAGGCAGCUACCCACAGCCAGCAGGAGUGGAUUUGGCUCCAGAUAUUAUGCAGUUUAUGUAUUAUCUUUCACUGGCUCAGGCUCAAGAAUGUAUAUUGGAGAAGAGCAUGAUGGAUAACAGGAAACCAACAAUAAUAGCAAAAGUGGCUGUUCAAAUAGUAGAUUAUUACAGCUCGGCCCUCAACACACUUGAACAAGGAGGUGCAGAUGACUGUUCGAUUGCAGAAACCGUAGGAUCAAAAAUAUAUAAGAAUUGGAAACGUUAUGUAAAAUUCAAGAUGGUAUACCACACGUGUAUAUCUUUACUUUACCGUGGUCAGCAGGCAGAAGAACAGCAGAAAAUGGGUGAACGAGUUACUUUUUACCAAGCAGCAGCAGAGAAAUUAGAAGAAGCUGUCAAACUUUCAAAAGGAAUGGAUAAUAUUGAUGCAAUUAAUGAAGCCUUAACAUUCACAAAUGAUGUUGUGGAAGGAAAGAAAAAGGCAGCAAAAAAUGAAAAUGAGUUCAUCUAUCAUGAAGAGGUCCCACCCUUGGACAUUCUUCCAGAGGUUAAAGGUGCAUCUCUUGUAAAAGGCAUUAUGUUUAAUGUUAAUGAUCCAGAAGUAGCAGGAGCUGACAUAUUUGCUCGACUAGUACCCAUGAAGGCACAUGAAGCAUCUUCAUUGUACAGUGAAGAAAAGGCAAAACUGUUACGAAAAGUUGGUACUAAGAUUGAUGAGAAGGACCAAGAAUUGGAUGUGUUCAUGGCCUCACUUCAGCUUGACUACUUGAAACUGCAUUCAGAGCCGGAAUCACUUCCACAGGAACUGGUCGACCGAUGUGCAGCAUUCAGUGCAAAGCCAGAUGCUAUUCAGAAUCUGAUAGAUUCUAUGAAUAAAUUAGCUGAUACUUACCAGGAUGUGGAAGCCAUGUUGCAGGAUGUGAAGGAAUUGCUCGAGCUUGAAGAUAAGAAAGAAAAGGAGUACCAAGAAUUAAUGGGGAAGAGACCACCAUCAAUUGUUGCAACUGAUCUCACACGGGAAGCAAAUAAAUAUCAUGAAGCCCAUGCCAAAGCAUCAGAAUCAAACCAGACACUUCACAAGGCCAUGACAUUACAUAUUAGCAAUUUGCGAAUUCUCUCUCUUCCAUUACCAGACCUUAAGAAACAAAUACCAACCAUCAGCAAUAUGAACACUCCUGAGGAUGAAGCAGCUAUUAAGGAAUUACAACAUUUGAUUGACAAGGUAGAUGAAAUGAAAAAACAGCGAGCUACUUUAGCUGCACAGCUGAGAGAGUCAGUCUGUCAGGACGACAUUACUCGUCAGCUUGUUACUCGCACUGGUGAGUCACUUGAAACCAUAUUCAGUCAGGAGAUGCAAAAACAUCAAAAAUAUGAAACCAUUAUUGAACAGAAUUUAGCUGCACAAGAAAAUAUUUUGAAAGCACUUACGGAAGCAUAUGCAAAGUGUGCAGGCCCAAGAAAAGCUGCUAUGGAUACAAUCCGAAAACGUGAAGCCACUAUAAAUGCAUUGAUAUCUUCUUAUGACGCAUAUGAAGACCUACUUGCGAAAUCAAACAAAGGUCUCGAAUUUUAUCGAAAACUGGAGACUAAUGUUACAAAGCUACUGCAGAGAGUUAAAGGAACCUGCAAGGUGCAGGAUGAGGAACGUGAACAGAUACUUGCAAAGAACAAUAAGAAGAUACCAAGACAGGAUAUAGAAAAGCCAAGUAUUGAUUCUGGUGGUCCAAAGUUGAGAGACUAUCUUCAGAGUAUGAAGGGUACAUUGCCCACUGGAAGCUACUCUACCUCUCAGAUUUUUACUCUGCCUUCUAGCACAGCAAUGCCAGCAAGCAGUACAACAGGCACUGGAGGGCAACUUCCAGCCUCCUAUACAGCAGAAAGUGCAGGGAGCAGCGAGAAUCUUGCAGGUCCAUUACCAUGGGUCCCACCUGUAAGACCAGCUCCUGUGGGCUCAGAAGGUACAACUGAAACUUGCGGCACAAUUACAAAGCAGGACACACUGUACCAACCCACUACAGCUCCUGGUAUUGCCAAACCUGAAAUGAGUCACCAGACACCUGCAUACGUUUCUAGUGCUCCACAAUAUACUUACAGCACUUCAGGAUACCAACCACCUCAUCAAAUGCCAUAUACAGGAGAUCAAUAUACAGACUAUGCAUAUGGUCAAACACAACAAUACUAUCAGCACCAGACAACAGGUUCUCAUAUUUUUCCUCCCACUUCAUCUACUCCUAGAGGACCUGGUUCAUAUUCUAGUGUUGGGUCAAGAGAUACAACUAGCCAUCAUGCUGCUAAAAGCCCAGCUUAUCAAUAUGGUUCAGCAUACCACAGUACAGAUACAGUGCAAAACCCAUACAGUCAUUUGCAGACACCAGCAAUUUCCCAAGCUCAGUCAACAAAUGUACCACAACCACAAAUUGGAGACACUUCGGAAAUGUAUUCUGGGUACCCACAACAUUAUCAUACACAAGUACAUCAGAAUUAUUCAACAAGUCAACAAGCAUAUUUACCACAGACAGUACCAACAACAAUACAUAGCACUGUGCCUCAACAAACAUCUACUUCUGGAAUACCUGCAAUGAAUACAACUAACGAAGGUGGAGUUUCACAGUCGAGUAUCUCCUCUGCUGCCCAACAUACCACCACUCCCCAAUACAGAAGUACUCCCCAGCACGAGACUGCUGUUCAACAGCAGCAACUUUCAUGUCCAGCACAUAGUACCUCAUAUCCCACAUAUGAUUACAGCAAGUCACAACCUUACCAAUAUGGGGCAGCUUAUGCUGCACAGGAUUCUUCUGUUAAUGUUCCUUAUUACUCAGGAAACACUCAACAACAGGCAGCUCAGUGUGGAUGGCAAGAAAACCAGCAAACUUUGAUGGGGUCAUAUGAUACAGAACAGAAAAUACCACCUCAUCCUCAGAGUUAUCCAUCUGUGCAGAAACCACCAGUGACAUAUCCUCAGUAUCAGUGGCAACAGGCACAAUCGCAGACGCAACUACAAAAUCAAAAUGUAUCUUCAUAUUCUGCAAGUUCCUCAGAUGUUGGGCCUACUUCAAGUGCAGUCCAGUACCAAGGUGCUGGUGUUGCACCUUCAGGAUCCACUUCUUCCUUACAAACCCAACCAUCUAGCAUUCCACAGCUGCAACCAUAUUAUGAUAGCAUGUAUAAUACAGUGUAUGCUGCUUCACCUCCAUAUUCUGUACAGGCUUCAGUGGCAAGCAGCAGCAACAUUGUUGAUGCAACCCAGUACCAAUACAUGGCAGGAGCUGGAACGUCGUCAUAUACUAAUGCUGGGAAGUACGCUACGUCACAAACGAGCUCAUUUCAAACAGCUGUGGACGGUCAGACAUAUGCAUCCCAAUACAACACAACUCUACCAAUUUCUAGUCAAGCAUACUCUCAUGUUAAUUACUACACUGCACCAUAUGGUUAUCAGUAUGGUUCAGAAACGAUUCAAUCAGAAUCUCAACCGACAGUGCAAAAUGAUACAUAUCAGCAAGGUACAAGUGCUCAACAAGCUGCAGCUCCUUCUGCAAUGACCUAUAUGCAAGCACGGUUCCCAGGUGAUGCUACAAAUACAACCUUCAGCCUUCAGGGAAGUUCAUCAAGUUCUUCAGUAGAGGGCAAGAGUGAUAGUGGAGUGUCAUCUAAUAUUGAUCUUUUAGCAGGCCUGGACUUCUCGUUGAAUCAAAAGCCACUUGUUCCUCAACAGCCUGCAAAUGUGUCACCAAAAAAAGAGCAACAAGUUCAGCAAAAUGGUGUUGCAAAACAGCAGACUGGUUCCUCAGUGCAGCAAACUGAUGGUAGCAACUUCUCACCAAAAAAGGAGAUUGUUGUCCAGCAACUGCCUGUGACGAUGUUGCAGACACAAAUCAGCUCUGUUGUUAAUGAGGCUUCGGGAGCGGGAGAGAAGAAACCCCCAGUACUGCCAACAAUUCAGGUUCCUGAACAGAAUGAAGUUUCUGCAGAAGAUCGUCAGACUUCAAAAACCCUCGAAAAAGAUCCAUUUGCUGACCCAGAAGUACUAAACCAGUUUGUUCUGGAAGUUGAAAAGUAUGAAAAAUUUGUAGAAGGGCUUACAACAAAAACCUUAAAUGGGCCCACACCACUUGACAUGAAAUGGAAAGAACUUCUUGAACUACAGGACUUGACACCAAACACACCAUCAUUCAUUGCUACACAGGCUCCAUUGCCAUCUACGUAUGCAGACUUCUGGAUGAUGGUUUGGGAACAGCAAGUUGAAGUUGUGGUGUGUCUUCUUAGUGACACAGAGUUGGAAGGACAGAUUUAUUGGCCACAGGAGAAGGGAAGUGAACUGACAAUGGGAAAAAUGAAGCUCAGUUUACAAAGUUGCAAUGUUCGCCCAAAUUGGAUUGAAAGGAUAAUUUCUGUGUCUCUUGGAGAAACCAGAGCGAGAAGAGUGAUUGUUCACUUGCAGUUUACAGCUUGGCCUGGGAGCUCAUUUCCAGCAUCACCAGGACCUUUCCUCAGUUUUGUAUCAGAGACACUCAGCCUGUACAAACAGCAACGUAAUACUGCUCAUCCAGUUGUUGUUCACUGUCUCUCAGGGGUUGGCCGGACAGGUCUAUUUUGCCUGGUAUGUGCAGCAGUGUGUGAAGUGCGAGCUGGCCAUGGAUUACUGGAUUUGGUGGCAACCACAGCUAUUAUGAGUACUAACCGCAAAGGUUCUCUGCGCGAUCGUGAACACCUUAAAUUUGCAUAUCAGUCUGUUCUUUAUUAUGCACAGGAUCUGCUUAUGAAACGGGGAAUCCUGACAAGUUGUUCGACAUUUGAGGACAAGCGCAGCCGAGGGGGAAAGUGCCAUACACGACAUCCUUCGGAAGACUUCCUGCUCGGGCCACCCACUGCUCUUAGCCAGCUACAAUCAGGACUCGAGAAAAUGGGGUUAGAUGCAGCAAAACAACAACAGGAAACUGAACUGAAUGAGAAUCCAUAUGUUGCUGAAAGAAAAGUUCCUCUUAGCAGUGCUGGCAGUAGUGUUGAUAAUUCUUGUAAUUCUUCUGGUCGCACCUCCCCCUUGGUCUCUCCACCAUCUCCUUCAACACCGUUCUUCUUGAUUGAUCCUGCUCGAUUCAACUUAAAGCCUGAUGCUUCUGGGACAAAGAUGCGCAGGAGGUAUUCACGUGAAAAUUUUAAAGUGAAAUCAAAAGAUGUAACAGAAUUGGACAUCGGGAAAGAUAUGUCAGAUGAUCCACUGAGCAAGAUAGAUCCACUGUGGCCUCUAAAACGACAGUAAAACAAUAGUUCCACGGCUUUAAAAGCUGUUACAAAGCCUGAUAAUGUUUAUAUUUUGUAUUUAUCUAGUCAGUUUUAGCAUGUAGGCAAUAUUUUAGGUACAAAUCAUGGUUUUUGGAACUAACUAUGAUUUAUUUUUAUCUAGGCAGGCUGUAGAAAUUAUUUUAAUGUGAUAGUUUAUAAAUACGCUAUUCUGAUUUUAUUGUUUCACCAGUAUUUGUACUUCCUCAGUGACUUUGCGUGGAGAGAGAGAACAGUCACUUACGGCAUGGACUAUUCCCCCCCCCCCCCCCCCCCCCCAAAAAAAAAAAUGUGAAAAAGGAAAGAAAGCUGUCUAUUUCUUUAAAUUGUAGAGUUAUUCGUUAUCCUAACAAUGUAUCCUGGUAUCUUUGCAAAAAUAUUGUUAGCAUCAUCCUGAUAUGUCAGGAGAAUGAUGCAAGCUGGGGCCACAGGUUUAAUACUUUGUUGUUUAAGGCUGGAGUGUGCGAAGGCUGUAAAAGUAUUUUUUCUCUGUCACAAAUGAAAUUAAAACAUCUAAUGUUGUUAUUA